GCUAGUGUGCUGACGAUUUUUCCAACAGAUCUUAAGCGACUAAGGAGAAAAUAUACACUAUUAAAACAAUUUUGUUUGACGUCAAAGUGACCACACUUCAUAUUGUCAAUGUCAAUUAAUGAAAAAAGUUCAAAUUAAUUAUUUUUUUAUAAGUAAAUCGCUAUUACGUAUGGUAUUAUUUUAACGUUAAAAAUACAAAAAUCUACAUAAAAAACAUUACCAAGCAUUUAGUUCAAUUUGAGGCCACAGGCAAAUUUUGCCUCACCUGUAGUAAGACCGGAUCUGGUUCUCCAUGAUCUUCUUCAGAAUAUACCGAAUAGUGAAGAUCUCAUCGGGGGUUCAUCUCCCUUGCAGUUCAUCUCCCCCCCUUACAGUUUCCCUUUUCUUGGCGGAGCGCCUGCCAUAACUGGAUUAUUAUACUUUUUUACGUUGUAUAGUCAGUCCUUGCUACGAGGAAGCAGUCCUGAGACGAUUUGGUACCGAUACUGUGAUUUAAAAAAAACUGAUGCCGCUACAACUUUUAACACUGGGUUGCCCCUUUAUAGUUAAGUGACCUAGAACAAUAAUACGUCCAUACAUCUUCUGAGACUUGGUUAAUAAAAUGGCGAAAUGCAAAAGUCUUCUUUUCGUUCUUCUUCUACAUGAAAUUAAUUUGAAUAUUUUUUUGUGGUUAAAUAUAUUCUGAAUUAACAAAUUCAAAGACUUAUUUCCUUAUUAGUUUACCAUCCACAUAUAGAGAACCAGAAAUGCGAACAAAUUUUGAACUGCGGAAAUAAUAUUGCCAUGUAUGCGUGUGUGAGUGUUUGUGGUUUUAAGUAAUGCAGAACGAGGAGCAACCUACCCGCUAACCUAUCUAACCAAGCAAAUAUUGAAACGAAAGGACACGAUUGGCUCGCCAAGAAAGAUGUUAGCAACCUGUUUCGAGUAAAGUAAAGAGCUGUAAACUGGAUCAAGAGUAGACACCAGCGUGUUGGCGAUCGCAUGUAUUCGUGAAUCAAGUACUGAGCGGACCGAUCAAGGAAAAAAAACAUAAUAUAGAGAUCUUCAUUGGGUUUUCCCCAAAAGUACAGUGGAAGGUAAACUAUGAAUUUAAAAAAAAACAUGCAAACACAUAAACGGUAAGGAAUGAGGAUUUAACAAAGCACUAAUAGAAUUUGUACAAUUUUGCCAGUUUAUAAAAGGGCAAAUAGUGGAAUGAACAAUUUCACUGCCAAGAUUUGCCGACACAACAGCUUGUUUCGUUUGUUUAAAAUAUGCAAAAAAUGGUAGGAAAUACAGCUUUAGCACAAUCCCAAAAAUUCUUUGAAGCUCAGUCACCAUCAUCAUCAUCAUCAUCGCGGAUCUCUUCAAUCAGCUUGCCGACCACUGCUGACCACAUGCAUGUGUAACUGCUUUACCCACGAUCGUAAUAGAUGUCCCGUCGAAGAGAACAUGUAUCUUCCAGUGUGUUGGUUCUUUCAAAACUUUCAAAAUGUUGCCAUAUACCUAUGGUAUCGAGCGAUCGACGCAUCCACUAGCACGUACAAACAUUUGCUCUGGCUCGCUCACACGCUCACGCUCUUCCCAUUCAUUUAUCUCUAUUUGAUCGGUUUAGAUUGUUUCGACACGCUUCAUCCCCGUAUGGAUUGUUAUCAUCCAGAAGAAAAAGUCAGAAAUCAGAUGCUUCAUCUCAGAACAUGGUACGUAGUUCACUGCGUGUACAAUGGAAUGAUGCCGUGAGGGCAUGCUACUGUUUGCCGUUGUGUUUGUCCUCUAUGGGUUUCGAUCAACAGCAGCAGACAAUCGCACCGUCGGGCCGAGACGACACUCGACAAUAUUUUGAAUCGGCUAGUCUGACAGUUACCACCGUGCACGAUCGUCGCGUGUUUGCGAGCGGUUAGUGAUCUUUACCAAAACUAUACCCUUUUUUCAGGUUGGGUAGGUGUUGUGUUGUUGGCUAUCCAAAGAAACUUUGUUGCGCUUUGUACCUUGUGGCUUUGUGGCUUGUACCAACAAUAUAAUCGUUGCACUUGUAGUAAAGUUUUAACGUUUUCCUGCUAAUUUUAAAUUUAAUGCUGCCAUGUGACUUUCAGCAUCAGAAUCAAUCAUCGAUUCAUCGGUGUAUUGUCAUGCACUAAGCACUAUCCGGCAUUAGUUUAACAAUGUGCGCUGCUCCUGGUACCGCAAGGCAAGACACAGCUUUAAAGUGAUUGCAUUUAUAAAUUAUGCGCGUGUGUGACUGUAUGUGUGGUAGUGCUGAUCAUUAUCCCUCUAGCAAACAGCAACAGCAAGCGGAUCAAUAGUUGUCCAUCCGCGACAUUGCCAAACGAACACGGUUCACAGGGGAUUGAAAAGAUAAAAUAAAAUAACAAGCAGCAUCAUCAAACACCUUCUCUACACCAAAAACCACAAAUGGAACAGUCAGAAUGAAUCGCCGCCACCCGGGGUAUGGGUAUUCUAGCUCCGCGACGCCAUCGAACGAUCACCAUUUACAGCUGACAAGAAUAACAAUAGCAGCUCUCGAAACAAUAGAGCUCAACAAAUUGAACUAACUGAUUAAACAAACCACAUUAAACCUCACACAACAUAGUUACAUCCGGGCACUAGCCGGGCAAAAGGCACAAAAUGGACAAUUAUGGCUUUAAAGAUAGUGAUAGUACACCACCCACGACAACGCCGGUACGACCUCCUAGAAUAUUUCGAACAGUAAGCUGCAUUGAGAAUGGUUCCAUCAAAUUUCCACGCCUGACUGCCAGAUUUAAUGCAUCAACUACUAAGGAUGCAAGACCGCAAGCGAUGGAUCCAGAGGCCGCCAUAGUUGAACCUGCCGUGAUCGAAAACGGUCUACACAUUGAUACCAACAGCAAGCCAACGAUUAUGCAAAAUACUGUGCCCAAUGUGACUGGAGGAACUGGUUCCUCUUCAGCUGAUGAUCAUAACAAAUCUGCAACGGUCAAUGAAAGCUCUACCGUCACUAAUUCUAGUACCAAAACAACAACGCCACAUAGUAGUGGAACCGCUCCGGCGAAUGGACGUAAAUCGCACAUUGAUAGUUACGAGUAUAUGGAGGUAGGGCCGUCACCGCCUGCCGAAGGUGCCCCCAAUCUUUACGAUAGCUACGAUGAAAGUUAUUCCGAAUCUAGUGCCCAACUCUGCAAUGACAUCAUUCGCGUGUCUCUUACUGAGCAGAUGCGUCUGGCUGGUGGCCGAGUGACACUGCUCGAGAGCUUCGAACUCGAACCUACACUUGAUGCCACGGCCAUCGAACAGUUGCUGUGUAAAACACCAAUACCACCGUCCGCGAGUCCAGCAACCACCACGAAAGCGGUUGGCUCUUCCAACAACGUUGCAGCCAGCGGAGGACAACAGUUUGAGAAAAAUAUCUGCUUUCUGUGGGCGGCUUUUUUACGAAAGUUCCAUCUCCUUGAGCAGUGUGUUCAACUUGGGGCUGAUAUUAACUUCUGCGACACUAACGGUUUGACCGCGCUUCAUCUCGCAUCGUUCAGCGAUUGUACCGAAUGCUGUGCGUUUCUGAUUCAUCGUGGACUUGAUGUUAACUUACAGCCCAAAUGGUACACACCGCUACAUUGUGCCGCUUUCGGUAACUCACUAGCGGCCGCUGAGCUGCUAAUUACAAACGGUGCUCGCAUAGACGUGCCAACAAACAAGCAGCAUUGCGAGGAAUCGCUUUUGCAUUGUGCCGUAAGAUCAAAUGCUACCGAAUGUCUUCGAUUCUUUAUCGCCCACGGCUCGAAUGUGAAUGCACUGGAACGGAAUGGCACAAAUCCAAUCCAUCUGGCCGCUGAUCUCGGCCAUGCCCAGUGUCUCGCUGCACUGCUUGAAUGCCCAGAUGCCGAUCCAAAUGUGCGUAUACAGCAAGGUGAUAAGCAGAUGACCGCAUUACAUCUUGCCGCUGACGAAGGUAACUUAGACUGUGUAACUCAACUGUUAGCACGCGGAGCUGAUGUCCGAGCGCGAAACCAUCGUGGCUUUACACCACUGCAUCUAGCGGCCCGCAGUGGAAGUGCCGACUGCGUCGAGGCACUAUUAAAGCUUGGUGGCUGUGAUCCAAAUAUGGCCGAUUUUGACCAACGAACGGCACUACACGCCGCGGUCAGUAAAUCCGAUACUGCGGUGGAGAUGCUUGAAACACUCAUCACAUGGGGUGCUAACGUCAACCAACGGGAUAUGUAUGGAUUCACGGCACUGCAUCUUGCGGCACUGGACGCAUUAGGCCCUUGUGUCGAAACGCUGCUUUAUCACGGCGCUGAUGUGACGAUGAAAUCGCGCAAAGGAACAAGCGCUCUCAACAUCAUCAGCCGUAAAACGCCGGCAUCGCUCGGUGUCAUACAAUGCAAGCUGGACGCAGCGAUCACGCUAACGCAUUCGCAAGAUUCAUCCAGCCGGGAGGUGGAAUUGGAACUUGACUUUCGCAGCAUUCUGCAGCAUUGCCAUCCGAGGGAAAUCAGCUACCUAAAUACGUUUGUGGAUGAUGGACAAAAGGAAUUUCUACAACAUCCACUGUGCUCAGCCUUCCUGACCAUCAAAUGGAACAAAAUACGCAAAUACUAUAUCGCGCGAUUGCUGUUUUGCUUUACAUUUGUGCUGUUUCUAACACUGUACGUACUCACGGUGCUAGCGCACAACUGUUACAACGGCAGCAAGGACAUGAAGGAAACGAUACAGGAACAGGAGCUCUGUCAAAAGCAGUCUAUCUUUGGAGACAUGUUGCGGAAUAAUCCGUUCGUGAUGGAAAUGCAGUGGAUUGUGUUGGUGGCAAUAACGAUCAUUGAGGUCUGUCGCAAGAUUUUUGGUGUUACCGGAUACUCCUCACUGAAACACUACGUCACUCAGACAGAAAAUGCAAUCGAAUGGUUUAUCAUAGUGAGCGUAUUCGUUAUCUCGCAUGUUUACACCAAGCGGACCUACACAUGGCAGAAUCAUGUCGGAGCUUUUGCAGUACUUCUUGGUUGGACCAACCUAAUGCUUAUGAUUGGACAGUUGCCCGUUUUUGGUGCCUAUGUCGCCAUGUACACCAAGGUGCAGGUUGAAUUUGCCAAACUGUUCAUGGCAUAUUCGUGUAUGUUAAUAGGCUUCACGAUCAGUUUUUGUGUAAUUUUCCCAUCAUCCUCCUCGUUCGCAAAUCCCUUCAUGGGAUUUAUCACGGUGCUAGUAAUGAUGACGGGCGAACAAGAUCUGGAACUACUGAUCAAUGAUCCCGAUGGUAAAGAUCCACCGUUUCUGCUUGAGAUCAGUGCGCAGAUUACCUUUAUAUUGUUUCUGCUGUUUGUCACAGUAAUUCUGAUGAACCUGCUCAUUGGUAUUGCUGUGCAUGACAUACAAGGAUUGAAAAAAACGGCCGGCUUAUCCAAAUUAGUUCGUCAGACGAAACUAAUAUCGUAUAUCGAAUCGGCCCUUUUUAAUGGUUGGUUACCAAACUGGUUGCGCAAUUUGCUUUACUACACAGCGCUCGUUUCGCCACAAGCUUACCGUGUGGUGCUGAGCGUCAAACCACUGAACCCCGGAGAAACAAGACUCCCGCGAGACAUUAUGAUGGCAGCGUACGAGGUGGCGAAGCAAAAGAAGCACUACACGAGAAAAGGUAUCUCUACGGUACGUCGUAACUUAUCGUACGAACCACCAAAAGGGUCGACGGCAAUGAACGGAAUGCGGCCUAAAUUGUACGAUCGCUCUGAUAGUAGCUUCACUAUACCCGGAAAUAGACGGAACCCUAACGGUGGAAUAGGGCUAACUUCUGCAAACAGUGAUCAUACUGCAAAAUUCGGAUACGUUUACGAUACGCCGACCUUGUAUGGCCUCAGCAAUAAGUUAGACGAACACAGUGACUACAUUGGUAGCAUUGCAACAGAGAUCGCAGAGUUGCGAUCAUCGGUAGAGGAAAACCAGCAGAUGCUGCGCCAGAUGCUUCAGUUGUUAAGCAAGAGUCCAAAACACAACGUUCAACCGAACUAAUGAUUUCCUUUGGACAAAAAUGUUAUCCUCACCCCGUCCAGUAGAAGCAUGGUCCAAACGCAUGUUCCAUGGUGCUUAUCUAACCUGAAGCUUACUUUAAUCAAUUCUUGAUGAGACAAAUCGCGUUUGAGAAAGCUUAUUUUAACUUUCGAUCAUACAUUGUCCACAGUAACAACAUAGAUGUGAUUUUACAUAGAAUGUAGUGUACAUAUAAUAUUACCACGAAAACUAAACAACAGCUUUAUAUAUGCUGUUAUUGUUAUAAAAUAGUUCCCAAUAAUGUUGUUGAUCACAGGAAGACGAUCGAUGGAUAAUUUUUGUUGCAACCGACAUUAGUAUUACAUUUUAAUGGUCUUUAAGAUCUUCUUUUCGUCCAUCGUAAUAGACAGGAUUGCGAAAAGAGUUUGCUCUAUGCAUUAUAAAUAUAGCUUCUAUCAUUACAUAUAACUACACAGCACUUUCAGCAGCGAUUUUUUUUUUAAAUGAAAAACAUUAACAAUUCUACGCAAAUAAACAAUUGUGAUUCUAAUAAAAAAAA